CUAAAAUAGGAAUUCUGUAUAACAGAUUAUGGUGUCUGUUAUCUUACUGAUAUGCUAUCGGAACUGUCUGAUAAUGUUGUGGAAGUAAUUGGUUCGGGUUCGGACACAGUUGUGUCAUUACCAAAACUCGUACAAACCAGUGAGGAAAGGUAUCGCACCACAGUGUUUGCGGAUGAAGUGGUCGAUCUUCUCAGUGAAAGACCUCGUUGCCGACUGCCUAUUAAUAAAUUUAUUCCAUCGUAUUACCAUCAUUUUAGUCGACAGUGUCGAGUAUCUGACUAUGGCUUUACAAAACUAGCGGACCUUCUGGAGGCGAUUUCCAGCGUAAUCCAGGUAGAAAGUUUAUUUAGUUUAAGAAGGUUUUGAUUUUGUAUAAACAUCGUCAUUCAUACGACUCAAAUAUAAGUUAAAAAUGUUUUUCCUUCUUCGUUUUUGUUCCCAGUGGGACAUAGGACUUCAAGCUGAAGCUUCUAAGUUUCAGUAGCAGUGGUGUUUACA